GAUGCAGAGGCUGCAGGUCCUGGGGUCAAGCAGGAGACGUCUGAAGGAGAGGAGGACCAACGGCACAGCAGAGACAUCCAGACUGGAGACCCUACCAUCGCUCCAGCGCCGCCCAGGAUCCGAAGCAGCAUCACGGAGGUCAGUGGAACGCCGAACGCCGUCCUCAAGUCAGAGACAGACACAGAGACUUUAACUGUACCUCACAGGCUCUUACACACAGGAUCUGACCACAGAUCAGACCCAGUGGGGCUUGAGCGACUGGGCUGUCCUCCUGCUCCUGGCUCAGAGUAUUUACCGGUAUUUCACCAGAGCGAGAGGACGGUUAAUUCCCAUGGAGAUGAUGAUGGUGACACAUUAGACACUGGUGGUGAUUCAUCUUGUUCUUACGCUACAGAGAUGGACCCUGGCAACAUGCCCUUGGGUUUAGAGACACAGACUGAUCUAUCUAGAGGAGACUGGAAUCGGUACAGUAGUAGUGUAUACUCUGAAGGGUGCCUAGAUAAGAAAGGGGAGGUUAUAGUGGUAGAUGAGGUGAAAGUGGAGGGCAACGCUCCUCUGACAUGGAAUGCAGAUGAGACUCACUUAGAAGGACACUCACAAGGCAGAGAUUUCUUAGAUUACACGGAGAACUUAGAGACAAAUCAAAAUGUCACGACCCACUCCCCUCCACAUGCUUUCAGGGAUCGCAACCCAGUGUCCACGUCAAUGGGGCCUUCCGAUUCACACAGCCGGGUCCUUUUCGAUCAGGUAUUGAACUCAAACGACAGGGCUAGAGCCCAGGCUCAGGGACAGGGAGCCACAUCAGGCAAUAGUAAAGAGAAGCGGUUCCUCUGCAUGUUCUGUAACAAAGGCUUCAGCUGCCCCCAGAAGGUGGAGAUCCACCAGAGGGUCCACACAGGGGUGAAACCAUUCAGCUGUACCCAGUGUCACAUGCGCUUCGCUGAGGCUGGCAGCCUGAAGAGGCACCAGAGGGUCCACACAGGAGAGAAACCCUUCAGCUGUACCCAGUGUCAUAUGUGUUUCUCCCACUCUUUCAGCCUGAAAAGGCACCAAAGGGUCCACACAGGGGACAAAUCCUACAGCUGCCCUCAGUGUGAGAAGAGCUUCACCCACCAGAACCAGCUGAAGAUGCACCUGACGGUCCACAUGGGAGAGAGGCCGUUUGCCUGUACGCACUGCGGGAAGAGGUUCUCAGAGAGGAGCUACCUCCGGAUACACCAGCAGAAAAACCAUUCCACUUUAUAACAUAGAAAGUACCCAUUCCACUCGAUAGCUUCUGACUUUUCGAUCAAACCCUGCAUAAAAGACAGAUUAAUUUUCAUUGUCUGCAUUAAAGAUCCCCAGAUGCAUUUGGAAUAAUGAGAGUAACAGAUCUGUGUUGAAUAUUCCUGGGUAGAAUAUUGCAUACAGACAUUGUUUGAUAUAAGGCAUAUAUAAGCCUAAAAUGGCUCUUACAUAAUGUUUGUUCUGUUUAAGCUAUAUGAUGUUCACAAAUGCCUCUUUCCAUGCUUCCAUUGAACUACAUUCUUUUUCCCAAUACAUUUUUUAUGAGAAAAUGAAUGCUGUUGAUGCAGAUUUUUAGUUGAGAUUUUACAUUGACAUUUUUGUCAUUUAGCAGGCGCUCUUAUCCAGACCGUCUUACAAUUACUGCAUUAAGAAAGCUGGGUGAGACAACCACAUAACACAGUCGUAGCAAGUACAUUUUCCCACAAAAUAGUUAUCAGCAGAGUCUGUGCUUUUUUUGUUGCCUGUUGUAUGGGUGGGUAGGAGGCAGCGUGAGAUUCAUUUAAGAUACUCUUUGAAAAGGUCAGGCUUCAGAUUUUUUCAGAAAAUGGGCAGGGACUCAGGGGGAAGGAAGCUGGUUCCACCAUUGCGGUGCAAGGACAGGGAACAGCUUGGUCUGGGCUGAGUGGGAAGGGUGGGAGGGCCAAGAUACCAGUGGUGGUAGCACUGAGUGCUUGGGUAGGGGUGUAUGGUUUGAGCAUAGCAUGAAGGGAGAGAGGGUCAGCACCCCUUGCUGCUCUGAAGGCAAGCACCAUGGUCUUGUAGUGGAUGUGAGCUUCGACUGGGAGCCAGCUGAGUGUGCAGAGUAGAGGUGCGACAUGGAAGACCUUGGAAGGGUUGAACACCAGGCGGGUUGCAGCGUUCUGGAUAAGUUGCAGGGGUUUGUUAGCACAAGCAGGGAGCCCAGCCAACAGUGAGUUGAAGUAGUCUAGACGGGAGAUGACAAGUUCCUAGGACCUGCGCCGAAGGGUCGUACUUUACGGAUGUUGUAGAGCAUGAACCUGCAGGAGCGAGUCACUGCUUUGAUGUUUGCAGAGAAUGACAUAGUGUUGUCCAGGGUCACGCCAAGGCUCUUUGCACUGUGGGAGAGGGACACCGUGUAGUGUUCAACCGUGAUGGAGCGGGCAGGCCUUCCCCAGGAGGAAGAGCACCAUCUGAUGAAACUGUGGGUUUACACAACUGAAGAAUUUAUUUUACACCAACUGUCAGAAACCAUCUCAGGGAAGCGCAUCUGCGUGCUUGUCAUCCUCACCAGGGUCUUGACCUGACUGCAGUUCGGCAUAGUAACUGACUUCAGUGUGCAAAUGCUCACCUUCAAUGGCCACUGGCACGCUGGAGAAGUGUGGUCUUCAUGGAUGAAUCCUAGUUUCAAACGGGCAGAUGACAGACAAGCGUGUAUGGCUUAGUGUGGGUGAGCCGUUUGCUGAUGUCAACGUUGUGAACAGAGUCCCCCAUGGUGGGGUUGUGGUAUAGGCAGGCAUAAGCAACAGACAACGAAUACAAUUGCAUUUUAUCGAUGAGCAAUUUGAAUGCACAGAGAUACCGUGACGAGAUCCUGAGGCCCAUUGUCGUGACAUUCAUCGCAAGGAUCUGGACACAAUGCCUGGAAGCUGAAAAUGUCUCAGUUCUUCCAUGGCCUGCAUACUCACUCUACAUGUCACCCAUUGAUCAUGUUUGGGAUGCUCUGCAUCGACGUGUACA